CUCUCUCUUUUUUUCUUAUUUAUAUCUUAAUAUGAACUACCCUAUUGCUGGCUGGCUAUGCAAAUUGAAUUCAUUGCCCUUUAAAAGAUCAAGAUGGGUGCCUCGCUAUUUUAUAUUACUUGACUCAGAACUACGGUGUUAUAAAGACGAAUUUACAGCAACACCAUCACAUAUUCUAGAUCUACAUGAAAUACUCCAAAUCACACUUUAUCCACAGCGUCCAUUCACAUUCAAACUUGAAACGGUUGAUCAGGAUAAACCAUGGAUCAUGGCUUGCAAUUCAAGGCACGAUAUGAUGAAAUGGAUGAAAGCAAUUGAAUGCAAGAUGACACCCGUAUCACCUAUUCGCAUUGAUGAAAAGAGUAUAUCCCCCGAUGUCUAUCGAGUACCUACCCUAUCGCUUCGAUGCACUAAUUUAACGCCUCAAGAUCAACCAAAGAAAAUAUCCUUACUCGAACGAAGAAACAAAACGCUUGUGCCUAUCAUCACCCAACCUCUUUACCAAUCCAUGUCACCUAGUACGAGUACUACUGUUAGUACAAUUGAUACCGCCUGUUCUACAUCACCUACGUCUCCCAAACAUUCAAUCACUCCUUCUCCUACUGGUGCUGUGUUAUGCACUUGUAUGUCUUUUAAAGAAUCAAGUAAACCAAUAUCAAAAACACCUUUUAAAAAAAGCCUAAGCCUCAUCUCACCUUUACAAAAGUAUUUAUCAGAAGUAUCACCGACGUAUUUAACUUAUAAGAAACGAUUUAGACUUUAAUAAAAAAACACCAAGUAUAUCCUUUUUUUUUUUUCAUUCACACA